AUGCGCUUCUGUGAGUACUUCUCGCGUUUCUUCUGCUGCGUCUGCCAUUCUAACACUUUGAUGGUACUGCCUGGGCCCGUGGUGCUCGACGGGAACUUUGCCAUGUUGCCUGUCAGUAACUAUGCUCGCGACCUUCUUGACCGUUUGCAUUGUGUGCCUCUGAUUCGGUUAUAUGAAAUUAGUCGGAAUGUGCGCGACCGCGAAUGGGCCUUACAGGACGCAAUUGCAAUGCGGGAACAGGCUGGCGCCCUGGUUGCUUUCCUCGGACUCUGUCCCAGCAGUAAGUCCUUCGUAUUUAGUCAGGAGAAAGAGGUACCAGAUUUUUUGUUGUCCUUGACUAAGAUACUGUUUUUCAAUCAUAUCAACUAA